AUGUCUCCCACCGCCGAGAAAUCAUCCCCACCACCCUCCUCGCACAGAGACGAGGAGGUUCAGCAAGAGCCAUGGUUACAGUCGAAACCCACCAUCUGGAGUCGCCUACCGCCGUGGGUGGCCGGGCCACUGCGCUCGAAGAAAUCUUGGAAGCUGCUAUUCAAGUGCUGGCUGGCGUCAUGGGCCGCUUUCAUCCUCUUGUUGCCAAACCAAUCCCUCAAAACCAUGGGCAAUGCUGCCUUCUUCGCCAUGCUGUGUUCCUUCUUCCUUCCCCCUUCAAUGCCGAUACAACUAUUUUUGAUGGUAAUCUCUACUAUGGUCAUUGGAGUCCUUUUUGGCUGGGGACUUGGUGCAGCUGCUAUGCGUGCUGCUCUCGCCGUCCGUGAUCAAGUCCUUCUCAAGUCUACGUUGCAGCAGGUUCAGAGCAGGUCCGUCGUGCAUCAAUAUCCCAUCAUCCCGCUUAUGUUAACACCCUAUGGCAGCGCGGCUUCGUCUACGAAUCCAGACGCGGUAUUCAAAAUAGAUAUCUUCCUAGGCUACUUUUUAGACACGCGGUCUUCCAUUGUCUUUGGUGUUUUCUUGGGCGUAGGAGCAUUUUUCUUCGCGUUCCUGCGCGCCUAUGCUCCACCCCUGAUGAUCAUGAGUAUCUUUGGCACGAUCGGCCUCGACAUCUUCUGCACCUUCGGACCACUCUUUCCCUUUGGGCAAUAUACGCUGCUCAAUUCACUGCUCAUCUCUGUCGCGAUGUACAUCGCGAUUGCCGUGGUCGUGAUAGUUUUGGUGUUCCCCGAGACUAUGAACCACGCAUUUCUCAACACAGUCUCCGAGCUGCUCACGCACAUGUCGACUAUUCUCAAGAUGCAAGAUGACGUGCUCUCGGCUAUGCCAGGCGACUUCGCUGCGGACUCGCCGAAAUUGGCCAAGCUGAGGGGCACACGAUUGGGUAUGAUCAGCAAACAGCAGCAGCUGGCCACGCAGUCGAAAUUUUUGGGCGCAGAGUUCAGUUGGGGGCGAUGGAACGGCGAGGACGCAAAAGGCCUCGAAGAGCCGCUCCUCGCAGUCUCCUCUAGGAUCAACGGCCUCAUGAGCUUCGUCCGGUACUCCAGUCGGCGCGAGCGGCGCGAUUCUGAAAGCCCAGACAGGUCCACGAGCUCUGUCAACACCACGUCCACUGCCGACGGCGCCACUACCGCUGAUACCUACCUCAUCCGCCAAAUGUACCAGCGCAACGCUGCCGCCGAGGCCGCGCACUCCCUCGGGCUCCUCGACGUCCUCCCGCUCAUCCGUCGCGCGACUGCGGACCUCCGCGCGGCAUGCAUCGCCGGCGUUUCCAGCGUGCAGGCCUUUAUCGACUACAUCAAUAAAAACCGGUACGCGCGCGGCGCGGGGGCUGCCGCGGCGGAGCACACGCGCGCGCUGGACGAGGCGGCGGAGCGGCUGGCCCACGCGCUGGAGCAGUUCAAGACCUCAGGUCGGCUCGCGCUGCUCGAGCCGUACAAGCCGUUGCUUGCGGGCGCAGAUACAUUCGAUGCACGCACACGCGUGCCUCUGCGUGGGUUGUACGUCGGGUACGUGUUCGGCGCGUCGCUGAUCGCGGUUACCGAGGCGGUUCUCGCGCUCAUGGAUGGCGUGCGUGCGACGGCGAGCAAGCGCAGCGCGAAUCGCUUAUGGGCGCCGCGGAGCCUGCGUGCCGUUGCGGGGGUGCUCUUGUCAAAGCGCGGGGAUGGGAAGGAUUUCGGGGAGGAGGAGAAGGUGGAGGAGGUCAAGAUCGAGGAGGCGGAGGAGCGAUCGUACGCGCGUGAUCCGGACAGUCGGCCCCCGACGAACGCUAUCCAAAGGGUGAUGCACGUGGUUCAUAACGUGUAUGCGUGGACAAAGACUGCAGAAGCAGUGUUCAUCUUCAAGUACACUUUAAUCACUAUUCUCUUGUAUCUCCCUGCCGUUUUCAAGUCGAGUGCACAUAUUUACUAUGCUCAGAAGGGGGUCUGGGCUCUCAUCAUGGCGCAAACUACACUCAACAUCUACGCUGGUGAUCAGCUGUUCAACUACGUGGUCCGGCUGGGCGGCACUUUCAUCGGCCUCGUCAUCGGCCUGGUAGUAUGGUACCUAGGAAACGCGAAGAGUAAUGGCAACCCAUACGGGCUGGCGGCUUCCGUCGGCGUCUUCCUCAUCCCACUUCUGUUCAUGCGCCUCUUCUCUCCCGCGCAGUACACGUCGGGUGUAAUUCUCAUGUGUGCUACCGUCGUGCUCAUUGUAGGCUACUCGUGGAUCGACGGCCACUUGCCCACGGUGUCGAGCCCCGGCAUUGGCUGGCCCAUCGCGUGGCGCCGGUGGACGCUCGUUACCAUCGGGUCGGCAGCAUCAUUCAUCGUGAUGAUGUUCCCGCCGCAGUCGGGACGCAAGGCGGUGCGGCUGCGCAACGCGGCGACGAUUGCGGGGCUGUCACACGUAUAUAUCUUCCUUAUGUCCGCCUGGAUCGCGGGUGCGGAUGGUACGGGCGAAGAGGGCACGCAAUCGCAGGGCUCGGGCGAGAAGCUUCCGUUGGGUAAGGGACAGGCCGGAGGACCGGCGUCCGGGGCGCCGUGGGUGCAGGAGUUCCGGCGAAAGUUGGUCGGAGUGGUGCAGCAGAUUCAGACACUGCAGCAGAUGACGGCGCUUGCGCGGUGGGAGGGUAACGUGCGCGGAGCCUGGCCAUACAAGGAAUACAACCGCCUGGCGGAGGUGCAGAUGGACAUGGUGGCUAGCCUGGCCCAGCUCGCAGGGGCGCUGUCGAAGCUCGCGGAGGACCGGCGGCUGUCGAUGGUGCACCACACCGCGGUCGUCAACCCCAACUUUAUUGCGGACGCAAUGUCGGUGUUUGCGCUCGUGUCGCAGGCGCUGCGGACAGGGGAACCGCUGCACGCGGUACUGCCGCAGAACCUGCUCGACAGGCUCAUUUACCACCACGUCCCCGUCGCGCGUGCGCAUUCGAGUGCUCGCGCGAUGGAGACGGCGGAGGGCGGGGAGGAGGAAGGUGAGGGGCGUGGCCUUGUGCAUGUGGAGGCGCUGGAGGAGCUGGACUACAUGUUCUAUGCGUCCGCGGUGAUCGCGGUGAUCCAGCUGCUCGAGGGCCUGGACGAGGUGCACAGGCUCGCGCGGGAGCUGUGUGGGGAGGUGCCGUUCGCAGGGUUCGCGGGGUGGCGUGAAAGCCACCAGCGGGUGCAUGUUGCAGGGCAGGGUUUGCAGACGCCGCGGCCGGUAAAGAAUUGGAUGUGA